AUGAACCUAUCUUGCAGUCGUAAGUUUAUUAUAAAUAAAGUAAUUGAAUGUAGAGUUUAAGUAGAAGCUUUUAUUUGGGAUAGAGAUUCUCAUGGGUUAUUUGAUUACGAAAGUAAAACCAUUGUACGAUAAAGCAUGAAAUGCACUGGCUGCAUUAUUUUGUCAAGAGUUGAGUAAGAGCUAAAAGCCCUUUUGCCUAAUGUGGAUAAUCAAGAAGAUUAUUAAAAUCUUUUCAGUCUCGUGUAUAAACAAGGCUGUUAUUGGAUGUAUCACUCUAAAAGUCUAUAAGAUGACACUUUCAAAAAUCAUGCAGAUCGAGUAUGGCGAAUAGUGAAGUAUGAAUAAUUUACGACUGGCAAAUAAAACACAUAUAAAGUUGUUUAAGGAGACACUAUUAAGUUUGGUAGAGUAAGAUUUCAAAUAAAGAAGUUAGUGGUAGAUAAAAGUGACAUUGACUUAAAUGCAGAGCAAAAUGAUAUCACAAAUAUCCCUUAGAAAAUUAACCCAGCAAACAUUGACCACUCUUUGACUAAUAAUAAUCUUAGAUUAUUAACAACUGAAAACGAAGGUAAUAACGGCACUGAACCUGAUACUAGGAUGACUUAAAAUUUCCAUAAAGAAACAGUGGGAUUCGACAACAGACCAGUUUCAUUUGAAGCUGGAUUCUUGAAAUAGAAUGAGCAAGAUAUAAAGCUCAAAUAAGUCAUCAUCAAUCACCAAAAUAGUAUGACUAAAUCUAUUGAUGCAAUUAAUUGCAAAAUUUGUUUAUCAGAAGAGGAUGCCUAGAAUCCAAUGAUCAGUCCUUGUAACUGCACUGGAUCCAUGAAAUAUAUUCAUUUUGAGUGUUUGAGAGAGUGGCUAGAGGGCAAAAAACACAUGAAAGAGACUCCCUAUGUUAAUUCAUAUAUCUGGAAAAAUCUUGAAUGUGAGAUUUGCAAAUCAUCAUACAAUGACAUGAUAACAUUGAAAGAUGGAAGAGUAAUGAGUUUAUUAAAGUAUAAUGUUCAUGAAGAUGCCCAUAGCUAUAUGAUCAUUGAAUCUGUCACCAAUACUACUUCAAAAACUAUUCAUGUAAUAAAUUUUAACGCUAAGAAAAAAGUACGAGUUGUAAGUUUCAAUCAUUCGACUAUAACACUUUAGGGUAGAGGAUAAAAUGCAGAGGUCAGAAUUACUGAUAUUAGUGUUAGCAGAUUUCAUACCUUAAUUAAAUUAAACAAACGAGGGGAUGUGAUAAUUCAAGAUAAUUAGUCCAAGUUUGGAACGCUAGUCUAAUUAACUGAGCCACUUUAAGUUGGAUUAAACUAACCGAUCUAUAUUUAAAUUGGAAGAACAGUUACUGUAAUAUUUGCGAUUAACAGAUUUUCUUGCUUGCAAAGAUGUUUUUGCGCUUUGUAAAAAUCUAAAAGGACCGAAUAAUGCCUUCACUAUGAUGAAGUGGCAAAAUACUUUCCAUCAGAAUUUCAAUUAAUGUUCGAUUCAAUAAGAAAUAUGAAAGGUAGAGCAAAUUCUAGUAUGAAGCAAAUGCUACUAAAUGAAGGACAAACUGCUCACGUGAGAAAUUAAUCUUAACAGCAGCCAAUUGCAUCAAUGGACGCUUCUUAGUUGUCGAAUAUUGAUCCACCUGGAAGGCGAUUCGAUUAUGAAUAAGAGGAGGCUAAUGAUUAAGAUGUUGCGAUUACUUCAUAGUAAAGACUUCAUGAUAUAAGAGCUAGUUAGCAUGCAACUUAGUAAAUUAGAGAGGAUAGGUAAAUAUCAGUUGCGAUAGAAUUUGUAACUUAACCUGAAAGAGUCGAUUCAGAAAAUAGAUAGUAAAUAGUUAAUAAUCUUGUACAAUAGAUGAAUAAUUAAAGAGGAUUAAGGGAAGGUGCUGUAAGAGUCAAUAGUACAGCAUAGAUCCCAAACAUGCUAUUAUAAAGCAGCGAGCAUAAUCACAGUCAAAAUGCCAUUCCUCCAAUUUAAUUUUAAGGAGUAAUGAGCGGAUCUUAAAACAUUAAUAAUCUAGAUGUUCUCAACGAGGAUAGUGAGGAGGACAAGGAUAACGCUAAUGAAUCACAAGAAUCUUAGAGAGCAAAUGGUUACACCUCCAGAAAUCCAUUAAGUUAUCUUAACAGUCAAAGAAACCAUUUUGAUGAGGAGCAGUAGCUUAAGAGUAUGCGAGAAGAUAAUGAAAACUUAGUCAAUAGAAUGAUGAUAUAAGAUCCAAAUGAUUUGAUUAGCUAGUAUCAUGCAACAAAGAAAAGAGGACAUAUGCCAAGUGUAAAAAGUGAAACUGGAUUUCCUAAAUUGUAAUUAAUGAGUCCUUAGCACACUAACAGAGAGCCAUCUGUGUUUUCUCUCAGCAGAUAUCAAGAUGCCGAUGAGGAAGAAUAGAGAAGAAUAGAAAUGAUUUAAGAUAGCUACGAAGAAGUCAAGAUUUAGUAGAUAGAUCAACUUAACAUUCAUGACAUGGACAAUAAUGUAUAAAUAAUAAAUUAGAGUGCAAAUGCAAAUAUAAGUCAUCCUACAAAGCAGAAAACUACCUCACUUUACAAUAACUUCGAUAGGGGCUUACGAAUGGCUUAAGUUAGAGACCAGAAAGCUGUACCAGUUCAAAACUAAAACAGUUCAGUCCUAACAACCAUCUAAAUGACUGAAACACAAAACCCCAAUAAUCCAACGACUAUGAAUUACACUCAAAAUUAGCAGGAUUCCUUUAUCAAUGAGUCUGCUUUAAAUAACAAGGGAGCGAAAUAGAUAAAGGGAAGGAAAAGAUUUAAUAAUCAGAAAAGCUAGUGA